AUAAAACGGAACGUUAAUUCUGGCAAAAGUCACGUAGGCCAGCGCGCGUGUUUAUAUUUUGAUGAAAUAUUGAAAAUAAUAACCUGAGAAAAUAUAAUAAAGAGACCAGUCUGAAUUACUUUGAGUUAUGUGUAAAUAUUGUUACUAAGAUGGAAGAUUUUGGUUAUAACCCAGGUGUAGUUGUGGUUCGUGCAAAACCAGAAGGUCAAAGGAAGACUUUUAAACCCAAUAUACGUGCUGUAAACAAAAUUCCAAAUGAAUUGUUAAAUGACCCUUUAUUAAAUAGAGCUUGUGAAGCUCUACCACAAAACUACAACUUUGAAAUACAUAAGACUAUAUGGAGAAUACGGUCUUUAGGCGCAAAACGUGUGGCUCUACAAAUGCCCGAAGGUCUGACGAUGUUUGCAACUACGCUAUGUGAUAUUUUGGAAACAUUUACGGAUGCGGAUACUGUGAUUAUGGGCGACGUGACUUAUGGUGCUUGCUGCAUCGACGACUUCACGGCAGUGGCGCUGGGUGUCGACCUACUUGUACAUUAUGGUCAUUCGUGUCUUAUCCCAAUAGACCAAACUAGUGAAAUUAAGGUACUUUACAUAUUUGUAGAUAUUAAGAUAGAUCCAUCACAUUUUGUUGAAACUGUUAAAUUGAACUUUCCUAAACAAACUCACUUAGCUUUAGUUAGCACAAUUCAAUUUGUUACGACUUUACAUUCUGUUGCUAAGACCCUUAGAACAGAAGACUACAUAGUGACAGUGCCACAAUGUAAACCACUGUCUCCUGGGGAGAUCCUAGGUUGUACUGCUCCUAAACUAAAUUCGGAUGUUGCUAUAUAUCUAGGCGAUGGGAGGUUUCACUUAGAAGCAAUUAUGAUAGCCAACCCUGACAUACCUGCAUACAAGUAUGACCCUUACGAGAAAAAGUUUACUUCAGAGUUGUAUGAACAUGACUUAAUGAGAACUAAUAGACAAAGUCAUAUAAAUGUGGCAGAGGGAGCAGGCAGCUUUGGGCUUAUACUCGGCACCUUAGGUAGACAAGGAAGUACGAAAGUGUUAGGUAAUUUAGAAAAACAAAUUAGUAACUCGGACAGAAAAUUUGUUAAGAUUCUUCUGUCUGAGAUUUUUCCUAGCAAAUUAGCUUUGUUUGGUCUUGAUGCGUAUGUUCAAGUAGCAUGCCCCAGGCUAUCCAUUGACUGGGGAACAGCUUUCCCUAAGCCACUCUUAACACCUUAUGAAUUUUCUGUAUCAUUAGGUAAUAGCAAAUGGUUGAAAGAUGAUGGAACAUACCCAAUGGAUUUUUAUUCGAAUGACAGUUUAGGGCCUUGGACUCCUAAUUAUAAGCCUGUGAUAUGUUCAGGAACUGACAAGAAAUGUGAUAAUUGUUGUGGGGGCAAAGAUAAAUAAUGUUACUCACCGGGACAUUCUGAGGUACCACAGCAGAGACCUCACGAGCACGCUGGAACACUCGUGAAUCCAUGAACUUUGAAGGGAAAGUCUCGGCAAAGUUUUGUAUAGGAACAUUCUUGGUGUCAUCACUGUAAUAAUAAAAAAGAAAUGAGCCAAGUCUAGUACUUCAGUACUUAUAAUAGAUUUGUCUGUUGUGUUUUUAAAUAAAACAAUUAGUUGAAUUACAAUUAUCAUAAUAAUUUUUUAUGAUGUAUUAUAUAAAUAGUGUAAUGAACUUUGUUUCAUAUGUAAUUAUUUUAUACCAUGCAGCUUCUCUUAAGUUCAGCUUUAAAAUUUAUUUUGAGAUACAAACAAUGCAUGUAUCUAAUUAUAAAAUGGUGUAAAAACUAGUGUUCAUCUGGAUCAAUAUUAUUAUAUAAAUUGACAAAUAUAAUCAUGGGUAAAAAAAUGUAUUUUGUAAAGCUUAUAAAAAGGGAAGAAGGCGAAUGACGUUAAUUUAACUUUAUGCUGCACUUACCGAUGCAUCAGAGCUACUGAGUAGCAGUAGUUGAACAGCUGUGGGUUCAGGUUGGCUCUAGCAUAUACACAUGUUGAAAGGAAGUCCUGCAGCUCAUUUUGAGGAACAUCUGAAAUACGAAAGUUUUGUUAAAAUGUAAAAAUAUUAUAUAGUAAGAAUAAAAGGUUUUAUCUAAAAA